GAGGGUCGCGUCCGUAGACCCUCGGCUGUGAUCCAAUCCCCAGCCGUGUGUUUCCCACCACCACUAGGGGGCGCUGACUUUGUCGUGUCUUUCAGGCCGGUUCCUGCUCCCCGGUGCGAGGACCAGGAGGACACAGAGACCCCCAUCAUGGCCGCCGCCGACCGGCUGCUGGACCUGAUGUUCUCCUGGAUCGGGCAGAGGGAGCGCUGUGCCGAGCAGCUGGAGACCCUGGCCCGGGAGCUGGAGUCCCUCAGGGAGAAAUGCAACGCCGGGGAAUGCGUCGGCAGCGGCGUGGCGGUGGUGGGCGCCGCGUGCCUGAUCGGGGCCGGCGUGGCCACGGUGCUGAGCGCCGGAGCGGCCGCUCCACUCCUCGGUGUCCUAGGAGCCGCGUAUUCAGGCGUAGGCGUCGCGGUCUCCGUGGCGACUAAGAUCACGGAGCACUUUGCGUCCAGCGGCACGCUGACGGAGGCCAGGACCAUCGAGCAGAGCAGCAGCAACGUGGCAGAAGAAAUCCAGAAACUGUUCGAGCAGCUGAAGGCGGAGCGGCGGGAGGCGAGGUUCUUCGCCGACCCGGACGACCUGGACCGGCACGUCAUGACGGAGGUCCUGAGAGCCCUGGCCCGGCGGAGCGGACUGGAUCGGGGAAUCGACCUCCACAUGCGGGGCGAUGAGAUCCAGUUCUUCUUCAGUGAAGGAACCAGGUCCACGGCGCCCCUCCUGGUCUUCAGCUCCACAGUGAUCAAUGGAUAUUUGGGAAUUUUAGCGUUCUUCACAUUUAAAGGUAGUGGGAAGAAAUCGACAUAUUUAAUUACUAAAGGAACGGAACAACUCGUCCAACUGCUGUCUUCAGCUGCUUUUAAAACAGCCCUCAAAGGAGGGGCCAUCGCUGUGGGGGGGGCGGUUGGGAUGGCGUUCGCACUUCCUGAGGCGAUUGACAACUGGACCGAGCUGAUCAAGAAGAACCAUGUGACCGAAGCCAGCCAAUCCCUGAGAGACACAGCCGCCGCCAUCCGGAAGAUGACCCGGGUCCUGAGGGGCCAGUUUGACGACAUGAAGAAGAUGUUUGAUGACAUCGCUGAAAGGGAAAAAGAGCGGGAAGAAAAGAAGACUACUCAAGACUGGGAUGAGAGGGAUGAAGAGGAAGAGGAGGAGGAGAGGGAGGAGGAGGAAGAGGAGAGUAAUAGAGAGGAAGAGGAGAGCGAUAGAGAGGAAGAGGAGAGCAAUAGAGAGGAAGUGGAGAGUGAGGAGGAGGAAGAGAGCAAUAGAGAGGAAGAGGAGAGCGAUAGAGAGGAAGAGGAGAGUGAUAGAGAGGAAGAGGAGAGCAAUAGAGAGGAAGUGGAGA